AUGUCACUUUUACAUUUGUUUCAAGUCUCUAAAAAAGCAUUUGGCUUCGUUUCGCGACAAGAGAGUCAACCAAAUUCCACACUUCCGGAGGAACUAUGCAUUCGUCAGUUUUCACUAGCAGAGAUCAAAGCUUCGACUGCCAACUUCGAUGAAGGCUUUAUUAUUGGUAUAAGUAAUUUUGGAUCUGUAUACAAAGGGGUUAUAGAUGAUGGGACCUUUACAGUUGCUAUCAGACGCAUGAAAUUUAGUCUUAGUGCAUUCCGAACUGAAGUGGUAUUCCUUAGCCAGCUGAACCACUUAAAUGUUGAAUCUCUCAUCGGAUUCUGCAAUGAGAAGGGGGAAACAAUCCUUGUUUAUGAAUACCUGAGCAAUGGGUCGCUCUUUGAUUGUCUCCAUGGUAAUGGUAUCAGUUGCAAUCCAAUUGCCUGGGAAAAGAGGCUACAAAUCUGCAUUGGUGCAGCGCGUGGAUUACAUUACCUUCAUACCGGAGUAAAGUAUAUAGUACUGCACCGCAACGUGACCAGCAACACUAUUCUUUUAGAUCAUGAAUUGGUUCCUAAGCUUUCUGGGUUCUUUUUGUCCAGGUUAGGGCCUCAUAGCAUGUCAAAUGCUUCAAGUAAAAAACAGUCACUAGAUGUGAUGGCUACUUUCGGAUACCUUUAUUCAGAAAAUCUGUUAGGAAAAAAUGAUGUCUAUGCAUUUGGUGUUGUCUUACUCGAAGUAAUUUGUGGUAAAACACCAGUCUUUGAAGCAAAUGGUCAGGAAAGAUCUCUGGCUGCCUGGGCAAAUUGGUGUUUCAAGAAUGGGACCAUUUAUCACAAUAUUGAUCCAUAUUUGAAGGGGAGGGUAGCCCCAGAGUGCUUCAACAAGUAUGUGGAGAUUGCUAUGUCUUGUAUCUCUUAUAGCGCAGAUGAACGACCAUCCAUGGGUGAAGUAGAGUCGACUCUACAGGAUGCACUGGAACUGCAAAAGAAAGCAGACUCUGAAAUGAAAACUAGAAAUCCAAGUAACCAAACCACCAUUGCUUCAACUUGCCCAUAUUCAUUCUCCUUGUCUGCAUUUCUUUCUGUUGGCGUUUUGGAGGAGCAAAGGAAGAAAAACAGGACACAGAACAAGGCAGCAAGAUGCAAGAAAUAUUUUUACUUGCUCAUAAAUGUGCGGAAAGGGAGCUUGUGGCUUUUAGCUCAUUUUGCUCAUUUUUUCAAUCAGAAAAACAAUCUUACAGAGCUUUCUGAAGACCUCCGUAUCCCUUCUUAUAGUACAGAUAACACAGCAUGGUGCUCUCCUAAGUCUAAUGAGCACAAAGUCAGGCAGGGCCGGUGA